AUGUCUUUGGAAACACCGCUAGAUUUAUUGAAGUUGAAUCUUGAUGAACAGGUAUACGUGAAAUUACGUGGUGCACGAUCAUUAGUGGGUACAUUACAAGCGUUUGAUUCACAUUGUAAUAUUGUACUAAGUGAUGCUAUUGAAACAAUUUAUGAAUUAGAUGAUGAGGGAGAUUUACAAAGUGUUGAAAGGAAUUCUGAAAUGAUAUUUGUUAGAGGUGAUACUGUGACACUGAUAACGACACCUGAUGAAGAAUAA